GUGCCGAUAGACUAGCAUUGUUUAGCAUCACAAUUCAUUUCAUUCCUUUCAGCGUGGGCGAAACGGAUUUCGGCUUAGGUUGCAAAAUUAUACGUUUAGAAAAUUAUUAUGUGACAUAUUUGUACCAGAAUAAUAUGAGUAUAUAAAUACCGAGAUUUUUAAUUUACGAGCAUCAGUACAGUCUACCGACACAAACCAGAAACAUCUACAGAUAUGUUCAGCAAAAUUUUAGCUAUCGCCGCGUUUGUAGCUUGCGCUCAAGCCGGAGUCUUUGAAUUGGAACAUCCUGGAGCCACUUCUUAUUCCCAUCUCAACAAGAAAAUUUCCACAUUGCAUGCUGCUCCAGUAGCGCACAUUGCUCAUGUUGCUCCGAUUGCCCAUUAUGCACCACUAGCCACUUACCAUGCUGCUCCCGUUUCCCAUUUUGCACCAGUAGCCACUUAUAAUGCUGCUCCAGUUGCUCAUUAUGCACCAGUAGCCACUUACCAUGCUGCUCCCAUUGCUCAUAUUGCAACUCCAGUGCUUCAUCAAGAAAUUUAUGAAGAUUCUCAUCCAGAGUACUCUUUCCAAUAUGGAGUUAACGAUGCACACACUGGAGAUGUUAAGGAUCAACAUGAAGAACGUGAUGGAGAUGUAGUCAAAGGCUUUUAUUCGCUUGUUCAACCUGAUGGAGUAACCCGUACCGUUCAUUACACAGCUGAUGAACACAACGGAUUCAACGCUGAAGUUGAGUACAAAGGGGAGCCGGUUGUUCAGAAAACUGUCAUAGCUUAAACAGUUACUCGCUUUAGAGCUGCACCAGUAUUGCACA